AUGAGAAAGCAGAGAAUAAAGUGGCCCUCCUGGUGUUCGCAGGACUCGGAGCUGUGCAUUUCCCUGGGGCUGAGUUUGCAGUACCUGCGGAUGACGGUGGUCUGUUGGCUGGCCGCGAUGUGCCAUCAUCUUUACGCGAGCGUCGCCUCGAUCCCGCGCCGCGACGAUCCGCCAACCUAUUUGAAGUACAGCCUGUUCGCCUGGGGCGCGCCCUUCGUCAAUCUCGGGGUCGCCAUUUUCCUGCAGAUACGCGAGGCCGCUAGCAUCUGGAACGUCGCCGAUCUCACGCCCUUCAACUGCUGGGACGAAGGCAACGAUUUAUACGUACGGUUUACCCGUGGUGCUGCUGCUUCUUUCCGCGGGCUACUAUCUAAUCAAAGCUGCGAUCGUGUCCAGGUACCGUUGCUUUUUCCAAUCGACGACCUCGCCCCCGAUUGCCAGACAGUUGUUGUCCUUUAUGUUGUCCGCGAUUAUUCCCCGUUCCCGAUCAGAUCGUCACAGACGGAUUAUAGACCGGUGAACCGGUGGAUCUCGUUUACGCAGAUACACGUGCAGCAUGCAGCUGGAAAUCAAGCAGCGGGAGAAGAUGAAGAGACGAAGAGCACUGCAGAUGAUCCUGUUCUUCAAAGUGUGCACGAUAGUGGGCCUGGUGGCUGGCUGCGGUGUCGCGUCCAGGGUGUGGAAAGUCCCUUUCCUCUGGGCCGUGUUCUGCACUGGACACUCUCUGCAGGUAAUAAAUCUGACGACGACACAACUUGUCAAAUUGAUCAAUUUUUGUUGAUCAACUUUUUCCUCCAGUCGAUUUUCAUUUUCUCUCCUGCGGUGGGAGAUUCUGUCGAGAUUGCUUAAUCAAGACGAUGCACAUAUAGUGUCCAGAUAGUAAACGAAACUUGGUAUCGAAUAGAAAAACAGUCAGCGUAACGAUUUGUAGCAGAUGUGGCUAACUGGCGGCCCUUGCCCCCACUCUCCUAAUCCCCUCCACUUUUCUACUCGCUAGCUCUACCCCCUCCACUUUUCUGCUCGCUAGCGCUAUCCCCUCCACUUUUCUGCUCGCUAGCGCUACCCCCUCCACUUUUCUAGUCGCUAGCACUACCCCCUCCACUGCAUUGAUCUCCCCACUGCAGUUGAGAGUGUCGUGUUAGAUAUAUAUAUAUAUGUUUCCUUUACUGUGGCUGUUAAAAUAAGAAGGAAGAAGUAAUUUUAAAUUGUGGACAAUUCCUCCUUAUGCGUUUACUAGUUAACGCUAGAACUACCGACGAUUGAAGCAUAAAAUUUCCAGCAGAAACGAUAGAAUAAAAAGAUUUAUAAUACGGAAUCUUGCACAGAAAUGAAAGCUUUAUCUGUAUAUUUCACGAAAAUAAUUUAAAUCUUCAAAAAUAGAUCUCAAUUAAUAUAUUAUAGUACAGUAGUAUAUAAUACUAUAUAUAAUAUACUAUAGUAUAAUAGAUGCUAAUAUAUUAUAGUAUAAUAGUAUAAUAAUAUACUAUAAUAUAAUAUAUAUUUACUGUGCUAUAACUAUAUUAUAUAUGUACUAUAGUAUAAUAUAUAUCAUAACUAAUAACUAGUACUAGGAAUGUAUAGUAUAUAGUAUAUACCAAAUAUACUUGUAGUAUAUUUAGUAAUAUAAUAUAAUAUAGAAUAUACUAUAUUAUAUUAUAGUAAUAUACUUGUAUUAUAGUACUUAUAUUAUAGUAAUAUACUUGUAUUAUAGUACUUAUAUUA